GAUGGCGGACAUCGAGGUCAAAAAGAAGCGUACCUUCAGGAAGUCCACCUAUGGAGGUGUGGACCUGGACCAGCUUUUGGGCAUGUCUUACGAACAGCUUAUGCAGCUGUUCCGUGCCCGUCAGAGGAGGAUGAACCGUGGCCUCUGCCACAAGCACCAGUCCCUUCUCAAGCGCCUGCGCAAGGCUAAGAAGGAGGCUUCUCCUCUGGAGAAACCAGAGGUAGUGAAGACUCACCUGAGAGACAUGGUCAUUCUUCUAAAGAUGGUUGGCUCCAUGGUUGGUGUAUACAAUGGCAAGACAUUCAACCAGGUUGAAAUCAAGCCUGAGAUGUGUGGGCACUACUUGGGAGAGUUUUCCAUCAUUUACAAACCAGUCAAGCACGGUCACCCUGGUAUCGGAACCACACACUCUUCUCGUUUCAUCCCUCUGAAGUAA